AUGUCCAGCAUGGACCCUCCACCCACUACGUCGCUCAAGCGCAACGCUCAGACAAGGAUAAGCGCUCGGCCGAAACGACAUAAGAUCGCAGUGGCUUGCACUGAGUGUCGCGAGCGAAAACGGAAAUGUGAUGGCAAAAGGCCGGUCUGUGGGUCUUGUUCCCGCGUCCUGGGAAAGACCAGUUGCACAUUUGUCCAGGACAAGAAUUGCAGUACCCAGCAUAUUGAACAUAUAGCGACGUUGGAAGAUAGAAUCCGACAUCUCGAAAACAUGCUCACAGAACAAAAUCUGACCCGAACACAAAGGCAAAUCGAGAGUCUCAGUCCCGCAUUCAAUGUCAUUACCAAUGUAGGGUCGACGACUUCAUAUCAGAGUCCCAGUGUUCUUCCAGUUGCUGUAUCUGAAAAUUCUCCAAGCGCAUUACCCCUUUCUGCUGCUGGUACAGGCUUGCAAGCUGUAGAUGCCUUCGACAAGUCGAUACAACCAGUACAGUGGCUCGCACCUAGCAACUCUACCAUUGUACAGUCUUCGGUAAAUGCACAGCAGCACGAAGGUCUUGCCGUCCAUCCCGUGGUUUCCACAGAUGAACCCCAUUGCUCAGACCCGGUGGCGCAUGGUGAUGAGACCGAGGACGACGAGGAAUCCGGUGCAGAUGCAGAUGGAAUGGGUGCGAUAGCGUCGUCGACUUACAACGAACCUGGUACAGGCGGAAAGUCGGUAUCAGAGAAAGUCUACUUUGGCCCGUCCAGUACUUUAGGAUUCAUGAAGCACAUUCAAGAUGUGUUCAGGCCUACAAAAGGCACCAGAACCCACAAAUCAACCAUGAAAGACGACCAACACAAACACGGAUACCUACACGCGAUUCAAAGGACGCCAAUUUCUUCAUUUGCCCGUCACAAAUAUACUCUUCCCAUGAGAGAACUCGCAGAUGACUUGCUCUCAAGCUAUUGGACACAUGUCCAUCCUAUCUACCCAUACCUUUUCAAGUCUGCCUUCAACCAACGUUAUCAAAGACUGUGGUCUGCUUCAAACGCACCGCCCCACCGCGCGCAAAACAGGCCUGUUCAAACAGGCCAUGCGAGUGACUAUUUGGAAGACUGCUACUCGAAUGAGCCGUUGUUCUUUUGCAUCCUUAACCUAGUUUUUAGCUUGGGCACUCAUUAUAGUCAGUCUGUCGACUCGAGCGAACGGUGUGAGACAGGGAAUGUCUUCUUUCAGCGAGCUAAAGAGUUUAUCAACCUCGACAGCCUCGAGCAUAGUGACCUGGUCGUGGUGCAAGCUCUGCUGCUUAUGGGUCAUUAUCUUCAAAGUACCGACAAGUCUAGCAUGUGUUGGAAUAUUACCGGUUUGGCGAUCAGAGUAUCUCAAUCGAUUGGGCUUGAUAUGCCCAUUGAGUAUAACAACUCAGCAGGCGAGCCGUCGAAUCAGCUUGAGGCGGAGGUAAGGAAGAGAUUAUGGGGUGGUUGCAUUCUUCAUGAUAGAGUCACAUCAAUGAUGUUUGGAAGACCAUUGAUGCUUCCCCCGACCUCGGUUCAACACAUCAGCCUUCUAGAUGCUAUCGAUGACGAGGAAUUAACGACAUCGAAUACGCCUGGCCGUCAACCUGUCGACAAGCCAAGCUAUAUUGCCUUCUUCGUCCAAGCUGUUAAGCUAGUCCAAAUUGUUGGAGAAGUCCUUGAUACUGUCUACGGAAGGGGAAUCUCUUUGGCUAAGGGGACCCCAACCUCCAGAGAUCCGAAAUCUCGGUUCAACCCAACGUCCCGGCUCACUGAUCAAAUCAAAAGCGGCGACAUCCACGAAAUGCUACAAUUGGAUAUGGCUCUCAUUCAGUGGCGGGAGAACAUCCCUUUAUUCUUGCAGAUGUCAACCUAUAAAACCAUCUCCUCCGACGGUAGCACCCCGUUGAGUCUCGAAAGCGAUCCAGUUCUAACACAGCUGCCUAAAGAACUACUUACAAUUUUUGCACGGCAGGCCAAAGUUUUAGAAGCUCGAUUUCUCCAUGUCAAAAUUCUGCUCUACCGUCCAGUCCUGGUGGUUUUGCUUUCCACUAACGGAAGCCCGAUAGCUACUUGCUCAUCCACCGCUCCGAUUCAGACGGUUUUGCGGCAAUCCAUGCUACAGCAGAUCUCAAGCCACUGUAUUCAAGCAGCCCAAGACUUGACGCAUCUGAUAUAUGGUAGCUUAAUGUCAGGAGAUGUGGUUUUGCCUGCUUGGUGGUACAAUGUCUUUUACCUAUAUACCACAGGAACGAUUUUUGUUGCUCAAAGACUUUGUCCGUCACUUGCGCCGGCGGAAGACGACCAAAAGUGGCAAGAAUGUUGGAACAUGUGCCUGCGAGGUCUUUCAAAAUAUAGCGAACAGAGCCAUGCACCAAGCAAAUGUUUCAAAGUGCUCGACCUGAUCGACAAGCAGCUCUUCAGGUUGAAUAACCCAAUCCCGAGGACAGCGUGUCCACCAGCUGUGCCCCUGGAAAACCCAGAUAAUAUUGGUCAGCCAAGUGCAGAUUUGUCGAGCAGUCGAGGUAUCAUGAUUCCUCCAGCAGAAGAUGGGUUUCUUGUGGGAAAUGUGUCACAGGCUCCGGGUGCAAACGCUAUCAAUUUCAAUCAAGCACUUGAUGCCCAGGAUAUAGCUUGGUUGGAAAACAUCCCAUUUGAUCCCAAUAUUGAUAUAGAUACUUCAGUUGCGGACUGGCUGGAUGAUUUCACGUUCUCUCAGCAUGACUAUAUGGCUAGAUAG